AUGACAGAAGAGGAGAAAGAAGUGGAUAAGGCAGAAAAAUUUGUGGUAGAAGAAGUCUUAGGAGAACGUUACAACAGAAGAAAAAGAGUUAAGGAGUAUUUGUUGAAGUGGAAAGGAUAUAGUGAUGCUGAAAACACGUGGGAACCUGAGACUAACUUGGAUUGCGAUGAAUUAAUUGCAGAAUAUCAAACCAAACAAACAGAAAGUUGGAGUAAACAGCGAACAGAAUUGUGGCAAAACUUAUUAGAUUCUACUGGUUGCUCAGCGGAAUCGAAGUCAUGGAAAUCUUCUUUCUCUUACCAUAAAAAUUGUGCUGAAAAUUCUGGUUCUGUGUCUAAAAAAAGUCAAGAUUCUCAUGCAUCUUCACCAGUUUCUGUAUCGUCUCCAACUCAGCUUUCAUGUUCAUCUUGUUCCUUGAAACGAGAAACUUCUUUCGUUUCGACUUCAAGUGAGAGUGAAGAUGGUGAAGAAAACCGCAUGCGAAGAAUGCGUCCACCUCCUGGUCAGAGCGGAAUAGAGAAGGGAUGGAUCCCAGAACUGAUCGUCACAGCUUGUCGUCCGGAAGGAGACUUUCCGCUUACAUAUAUUGUUAAAUACAGGCAUAAAAAGAAGUUCGAGAGAAUACCAAAUACAAUAUGCGCUAAAUACUGGCCACAAGUUAGUUGUCAACAUUUAAUAUAUUUGAGGUAUCUGUAUGAAAAGUUAGAGAAAGAAAACACGAAAAUUAUUUUUUAA